AUGCUCACCCUCACCAACAUCUGCCGCCUCCCGACCAAGCUCCGCCGCCGCGCCCGCCGCCGCCGAAUGGCCACUCUCUGGUUCCUCGCGCUCCUGACGCUGGUCGUCUUUUUGCCCGUGUACGCCGUCUACAAACCCCCGACGAUCCUGCUGCGACACCUGGCGCGGCGGUGGCCGGACGUGCUGUGGCAGGUAGACGGCUUGCCGGCUGACCGGCGCGUCGUGGCGCUGACCAUCGACGACGCGCCGUCGGACCAGACGCCCGAGAUCCUGCGGCUGCUGCGUGAGCACGGUGCGCGGGCCACGUUCUUCGUCAUCGGCGGGCAAGUGGAGGAGGACGGCGGGCGGCGGAGGGACGUGCUGCGGCAGAUUGUGCGCGAGGGUCACGAGCUGGGCAACCACGCCAUGCACGACGAGGCCGCCCGCUCCCUGAACCCGGCCGAGCUCGAGGAGCAGAUCCUGCACGUCCAGGAGCUGCUGCGCGACGCCUAUGCCGAUUCCGACGGCGACACGACUACAACCACUACCACUACUACUACUACUACUACUACGACGACGACGACGACGACGCAGCGAUACCAAUACUACCGUCCGGGGUCGGGCUUCUUCACCGACUCGAUGCGCAAGCUGGUCGCCCGCCUGGGCUACCGCCUGGUCCUGGGCAGCAUAUAUCCACACGACGCGCAGAUCACAAACUGGCGUCUCAACGCGAGGCACAUCCUCAGCAUGCUGAAGCCAGGAAGGAUCGUCAUCUGUCACGACCGGCGGAGCUGGACGGUGCCGAUGCUUACAAAGGUCCUUCCCGAGGCCAAGAGACGCGGCUACAGGUUCGUCACCGUCACGGAGUUGCUUCUCGAGGCCGAAGAGGUGCUCGGAGAUACGUGA